CAUUAGCAUCAAUAAAUUCUUGGAUGUAUGAUGGAGUUGUGAGUUUUCACAAUGGCCUACUGCUUCAUCUAUUAUAUAAUGGUUUUUCUUUCCCUUGGUUAAAUGUUUGUGUGAUUAUUUUUGGCUUAUUGGUUGGUCAAUCAAAUAUUGAACCCUUUUAAGUUGGUUCCUACAUCUAAAACUAAAUUGUUCAUGAAGUUUCUGAUUGCCUCAUCCUGUCUUUUCCAUUUAUGCAUGUAGGUACAAUGAAUUUGAUCAACCUGUCUGUAGGGUCUGUGAUGUCAUUUUGAAAUCUGAAUCCCUAUGGGAUGCACACCAAGCUUCUCGUAAACAUCAUGAGGCAAUUAAAAAUGUCAAAGCCAAUGCUGCUGGACUAACUCGGGCUAACAAUGCAAAACCUGAGGCCCCUAAACCUGAGUCCUCAACUGUAUUGUCUAAUGCUACAUCUGAACCCUCUAUGAAUUUGCAGAAGGCUCAGCUAUCAUCUGGGCUUCCUGCAGAUUUUUUUGAUAAUCAUGUGACAAAGAAGCAAAAAUCUGAUCCAGAUUCAUACAACAAGACUGGGGGUUCUGCUUCUGCUCAAACUCAGUCAAUGGAGCCUCUUGAGUCGAAAAACAAUUUAGACGGAUUGUCCAGUUCUCACUCUGAAAAGAUGGGAAAAAGUGGAAUUCGUCAUGCCAGGGACCUUACCCAGACAUCAGGAAAGAUUGUUGGUUCAGAAACCAAGGAAGUAAAGGGUGCUCUUCCUGAAGGCUUCUUUGAUAACAAGGAUGCUGACCUUCGUGCACGUGGCAUUGUGCCUGUUAAGCCGGAUGUCAAGGACGAGUACAAAGAAUUUGAAAAGUUGAUACAGGAGGAUUUGAAGGAGGUGGACAACCGUUUGGAAGAAGAAGAGUUUGAUGCAGCUGAGAUGAUUGAAGAGGCCGAGUCUGUGGAGCAAAAGGUGUAUUGGGAGAAAGUGGAAAUGCUGAAGAAGAAGAAAUUGGAGCUGAAGGCGGCCAGAUCCGGCAGACGGAGUAAAGAUCCUGAGGUCAGAGGCAAGGGGCAAAGCUCUAAAGGGGAUUCAUCCAGUGGUGAUGAUAGUGAUGGGAAUUUCACAGUUGAUUGGAGAGCACAACACCUGUGAAUACUUUUGUUUGAAAUUUUCUGGUAGCAUCGCCUGUGCAGA